CCGCUGUGGUUUCCUUUGUUAGCUUAAGAGAUGGGAUUCACUUCUGUUUUGCAGGCUGAGCUUUUAAAAAGUAAAUCUGAGCUAGACUUGCUUAAGUCCACCUCGGGCUCUUAUAUAAAACAAGGGGAAUACAUAAGAAAUAAAUAUAAGAGACCAGCUACAAAAGAGCGUUCUCUUGAAAUAAAUAAAUUAGCUAAGCGAUCAGUGAGAACAGAGUUACUACCGGAUAAUACAGAAAGCCAACAAGGUGAAGAAACUUUACAGUCUUCUGAAGAUGGCAAAAAUAUUAAAGAUAAAGACAGUUUAGUGAAUUCCCCUUCAGCAAGUACGGAAUUAUUGAAGAAAAAAUUGAAAAUUUCAGAGAUCGAAGUUAUGAAGCAACUUCGGGACAGGAACGAACCUAUUCGCUUAUUUGGAGAAAGUGACGAGGCAAGAUUAAAGCGCUUACAGUACAUAAAGACUCACGAGUCCGAAGAAGUAGGUUUGAGGAAUGACUUAAUGUUAGCUGAAGAUGAAGCUCAGCAAAAGUUUUUAGACGAAAUUUUAAAUCUUUCGGGACAGGACCCUCAACAACUUGCUAAGGAAAAAGAAAAAAAAAGAAAAGAAGUUAAGAUGGUCAUAGACCUUACCAAAGGUGAACUAUUGGAAUUAAUAGGCAAAGCCGGAAAAAAUGAUUAUUUUAUCAAUCAAGAAUUUACCCUCAAGUUUGUUCAGUAUAUACUUCUUCUGUGGGGAUCUGAUCUUGAGAGUUCUAGAGAAUCCUCUUCUUAUGAAAAAAAACAAAAAAGCGAAAAGACUGAAGUUGAUGAACUUGCAAAAUACAACCAGACUAAAGCUUACUUGCAACCGCUAAUGGAAAAGUUACAGCUGCGGACGCUUGACGAGGAUAUGGCUUUCUUCUUUUCUCAGAUUGUCACUUGUUGCCUUAAAAGAGAAUACAUUGAAGCGGAUGAGCUUUACAUGAAAUUGUCCAUCGGGAACGCCGCGUGGCCCAUAGGCGUGACGAUGGUCGGAAUCCACGCCAGAACAGGACGUGAGAAAAUCUUUUCUGGUAAAGUAGCUCAUGUUUUGAAUGAUGAAGAGCAGAGGAAAUAUAUUCAAGCAUUUAAAAGGUUAGUGACCUUUUGUGCCAAAAAGUUUCCUACGGAUCCCUCCAAGAUGCUUCAUUCGCUACAUGUCAGCAGUUUAUAAGUAAAGUUUAAGGUUGGCUGAAGAUGUUAAGGAAAAACAAGUUUACACCGGAAUUUAAUUUGUGACAGCCCCAAAAUGAAGAAUUUGAAUCUCAUAGCUUAAGAUUAUAUUGGAAGUGCAACUCUACUUCAGAUAGUUUUUUUUUGGGAGUAUGCAAUGUUGUG